CGAGAAAUAAAUAAAAUUCUUUGUAAAAAAAUAUUGUUUUAAAAGAGUCUAAAAGAAAAGUGAAAAAGUUUUUAUAAAAGAUGGCGGAUCCUCUUAGUUUGUUACGCCAAUACAAUAUAAACAGAAGAGAAAUUAUUGAACGUGAUAGUCAAAUAAUAUUUGGCGAAUUUUCAUGGCCAAAAAAUGUGAAAACAAAUUAUUUGAAAUAUGGUUCGGGUAAAAAGGGAGCUCCACGCGAAUACUACACUUUGGAAUGUUUACUAUAUCUGCUAAAAAAUGUUAUGCUACAACAUUCGGUGUAUGUGCGUCAAUGUGCAGCUGAAGAUAUACCGGCAGUUAAUCGGCCCGAUCGUAAAGAAUUAUUGGCAUACCUUAAUGGCGAGAGCAUUACUUGCCAGAGUAUAGAUAAAAGUGCCCCAUUGGAAAUACCCACGCAGGUAAAACGACCAGUCGAAGGCGAUGCAACGGGUGUUGAAAAUGCUGCCAAAAAGGCCCGCUUCGAAGAUACCCAAGUGCAAAAGGUGCGGGAGCAAUUAGCAGCACGAUGGGAUGUUAAUAAAAAGGAGACAACAGUCAAUAUUGAUAAUAUUAAAUCCUUGUCAGAGACCAUGUCGGUGGAAAAAAUUGCGGCAAUUAAAGCAAAACGCUUAGCUAACAAACGUACCACAAUUAAACGUACCGACACUGAGGAUGCAAUGGCCACUGAUUUAAGAGCAAUUCUUGAUUUUGAUGUAGAUUCAACCAAAGAUAUUAUAAGUCGUGAGCGCAUCUGGCGUACGCGUACUACUAUCUUACAAAGUUCGGGCAAAUUAUUUGCCAAAAAUAUUUUAGCCAUAUUGGCCGGAAUAAAGGCAAGAGAGGAAGGACGUAAUCGUCCUAUGCAGCCGAAUCCAAUAAAAAUGCCGGAACCGACUCGUAUAAAUAAGCCGCAACCGCAACUAACACAGUACAAUCGCUAUGAUCAGGAACGCUUCAAUAGACAAAAAGAAGAAACUGAGGGUUUUAAAAUUGACACAAUGGGAACUUAUCAUGGAAUGUCCCUAAAAUCAGUGACAGAAGGAUCGCAAGCACAACGCAAGGCGCAAAUGACACCACAGCUUAAUCGCGCCAAAGAAUUGCCGCCAGUGGCACCAGUCCGUCAAGCUCCGUCUAAUUUACAAAAACGCGUCUCACGAACACCUAUCAUUAUAAUACCAUCUGCUAAUACCAGCCUAAUAACAAUGUAUAACGCUAAGGAUAUACUGCAGGACCUAAAGUAUGUUAGCACUGAAGAAAAGAAAAAUGCUGGCAGUACACGUGACAAUGAAGUGCUUCUACAACGGAAACGACAAAAUGUAACUGUACCUUAUCGUGUCAUUGAUAAUCCGCAAAAACUUACAGCUCAGGAUUGGCAACGUGUUGUGGCUGUAUUUGUUAUGGGUCCCGCUUGGCAAUUUAAAGGUUGGCCUUGGGAUGGCAAUCCUGUUGAAAUUUUCUCCAAAAUUUGCGCUUUCCACUUACGUUUCAGUGAAUUGAAAUUGGAUGCAAAUGUUGCCAAGUGGUCAGUUACGGUAUUAAAUUUAUCGCAGAAUAAACGUCAUUUAGAUCGAGCAGUAUUAAUGACUUUUUGGGAGAAUCUUGACAAAUACAUGGCGAAAUACAAACCAGAGCUGCGGUUUUGAAUGUGUGGCCUGGAUGGCAUUUUCAAAAUUUGUUUUAUGUCGCUAUUUAUGUAUUUAAAUUGGAUUUUCUCGCUUAACUGGGAAACUAAGCUGUUUAUUGCCAAUUGAUUGAUAGUCGAUUACAUUUUAGGUUAGCAUAAAAAUUAAUUAUUUUACUUUAUUUUUUGUAGCAUAGAAAUUUUUGAAUGCAAAUAGUUUCUCUUUACCGAGUUUGCUACAAACUUGGGUUAAGCGAUAAUUAAACUUCACAUAUUGUUACAUAUAUAUAUGUAAGGAUACUUAAAAACAAGAAUUUGAAAAAAGAAAUUUAUAUAAAAAAAAA